AUGGUUCAGCAAGUGAAAGUGAAACAACUCAUGCAGCAGAUGGUGGAACUUAAGGAAGUGAUCAACUGCCUAGACGAUCAGAAAGAUGACGUGGGAGGAAUAAAAGAAUCUGAACCAUCAUCAUGUGAAGAUGCUAAAGGACAUCUAAAUUGGGAAGCUACUCUGGAGGAAGAAAUAUCAGCACACCAUAAGAAUGAGACAUGGGAUCUAGAACCUAAACCUAAAGGAGUCGAGCCAAUUUCUUCCAAAUGGAUUUACAAAGUCAAGCGUAAAUCUGAUGGAAGUGUGGACCGAUAUAAGACGAGACUUGUGGCUCGUGGUUUCUCCCAAAAACAUGGCCUUGACUAUGAAGAAACUUUCAGUCCAGUAGCUAAGAUGACAUUAGUUCGAGCUACUUUAUCUACGGCAGCUUCUAAAGGAUGGAAACUUUGGCAAUUGACGUAA